AUGGAAUAUAGAAAAACGAAGAGAACAAACCAGUACAUCUAUGAGGGGAGCAGACACACUGCUAAGCGACAAAAAAUAAAUGUCAACACCCAGUGCAAAGGAAUUUUGAUAUCCCCAGUGAGUUAUAAAAAGAUGAACAUUGGUAUAAAAGAAUUUUUGCAUUUUUUAAAAUUAAAUUUUCCAAAUAAUUUUGAUAGAGCAGAUAUAAAAAUUAACGAUGACAAGAAUGUGGAAAUAGAAGAUGUUGAUAGGAAAAAUAGCUUUGUAGAAAAACAAUUAAAAAAUGAUAUUGAUAAAGAAAACAGUGAAUAUAAUAGAUUUAUUCCCCUUCGAAAUAUUAUAAAAAAUUAUACUUUUAUUAAAUUUAAUUAUGUGAAUGAUAAAACUCCAUCUGAAAUUGUUAAUGACAUAUUUUUCUUAGCGAAUGAUAAAAAAGAAAAAUAUAUAUUAAGAAAUAUAUGUAAAAUUAUUCCUCUAGAUUGUAUAUGUAAGCCGCAUAUAUCACCUUUUAUUAAAGCUGUUCUUCCUUUGAUUCGGAAAAACUUUUCUAAUGGAAUGUGUGUACAGGAACAUUUUACCGUUAAUCAUUUGAUGAAAAUUCUGAACUUGUCAGGCGAAAAGGUUGAAGCAGGAGAGGGGGAAAAGGAUGAGGGGGUAAAGGAAAGAGAGGGAGAUAAGAAAGAAGAGAAGGAAAAAGAAAUAGAUGGGGAAAAGGAACUAGAUGAGGGAAAAGAAGUACAGGGGGAUGAGAAAAGAGAAGGAUCUAGCGAAGAAGGAAAAAAGAGAAAGGUAGAACUUGACAUAAACAACAAGGAAAAUGCUGAGAAAGAUGAGAUAGGCAUAAAUGGAAAAGUAAGAAGCGAUAAAGUAAGCAUUAGUAAACAAAACAAGGAAAACCUAAGUGGAAAAGAGGGAAAAGAUGGAGAUGAGGACUGUAGUACGAACGAGAAUGGAGUAGGUGUAAUUACUAAUGAGGAAAAGAAGGAUUCUGAAAAGAAAGUCACUUGGGCACUUAUAUAUAAAUGUUCUAAUACUAAAACACUAUUAAAAAGGGAUGUUCUAACAGUGUUAGACAAUUGUAUAGGAAAUAAUUAUAAUGUCAAUUUGAGUAGCCCCGAUUUGGCUGUUAUAGUAUACGUUACGGAGAUAAUGUGUGGUAUAAGUAUAAUGAAGAAUUACGACAAAACAAGGAAAUUUAACAUCGCAUCCUUUAAUGAGGAUUCGUAG